CAGAACAUAAUGUGUGAGUUUGGUGGUAGCUUGUCACAUUUCUUGAGGUGGAUGGGGUACUGCUGGGGCAAUUUUUAGACUUAGUUAUGACUUCAGUAUAGGAUAGAGGAGGAUACAUUGCAGUAAAGGGGGGUUAGUGUCUAAACGAAAAAUCUUAAGGGAACAAUUAUACCCCAAAUAUAGGCUAUUCCACAAAGAUAAGGUAAAAUAUUAAGUAUUAAUAAAAUAUUUCCAGGUACAAAGUAGCGAAGGAGGCAAUAAGAUGGUAAAUGUGGGUGUUUUCAUGGUCUGUCGAGGAGUGUCGUGAGCGCGUUUCCGUACACCGUAAAUGGCCGCUGGGGGUCUCACUCUAGAGAGAGACGGAGAAAUGACUUCAAUGCAUUUAUUGUUAUAUGUAUCUAUAUGCGUUUUACAGCAUCUACAUUAGACUGACCGUGCUCCGCUAUUCAGCCGCCCUCCACCCAAUAUUACAUCCUUCUCAUUAGUUGUUUAGGCGCGUUGCGACGCGUUUUCACAAUUUCAGUCCCGCGCGCCCGGCGGCAGUCUUACUUUCGAUGCAUGAGAGUUUGAGGUUUUCAGCCGCUGAGCAGAAUAAUUUGCAUUAUGGCUUCGGAUCAAGAAAAUAACAGACAGCGUGUGAAACAGCUUCUGGGGAAACCUGGGAAUGGAAACUGUGCCGACUGCGGAGCUGCAGAUCCAGAGUGGGCAUCCUACACCCUGGGCGUGUUUGUGUGUCACAGCUGCUCAGGCCUCCAUAGAAACAUUGCUCAGAUCAGCAAGGUGAAAUCUAUCCUGCUGGAUCCCUGGAGCUCCUCUGAGUUGGAGUUUAUGGACUCUGUGGGUAACAAUGCUGCCAAGGCCAAAUUUGAACAGAUAGUUCCUGCCUUCUACUACCGUCCCACACACAAAGACUGCACGCUCCUGCGGGAUCAAUGGAUCCGAGCCAAGUACGAGAGGAAGGAGUUUGUGUGUGUGGAGAGACAGGAGCCCUACUCGGCAGGUUACAGAGAGGGGUUUCUAUGGAAACGAGGCAGAGACAAUGGACAGUACCUCAGCCGAAAAUUUAUUCUGUCCGAACGGGAAGGUGUUUUGAAGUACUUCAACAAGCAUGAUGCCAGAGAGCCCAAAGCAAUAAUGAAGAUCAAUACUGUGAAUGCCACUUUCCAGCCAACAAAAAUCGGCACUGCCCACGGCCUGCAGAUAACCUAUUUGAAGGACAACAGCACUAGGAAUAUCUUUGUUUACCAUGAGGAUGGAAAGGAAAUGGUGGACUGGUUCAAUGGCAUCAGAGCAGCCAGGUUUCACUACCUGCAGGUGGCUUUUCCUGGAGCUCCCAACUCUGAUUUGUUACCAAAGCUAACCAGGAACUACAUAAAGGAGGGUUUCAUGGAGAAGACUGGUCCAAAGCACACAGAGGGCUUCAAGAAGAGAUGGUUCACGAUGGAUGACAGGAGGCUCAUGUACUUCAAAGAUCCACUGGACGCCUAUGCACGAGGCGAGGUGUUCAUUGGUGGUAAGGAAAACAGCUACACUGUGCUUCCUGGCCUCCCCCCGAAUAUUCAGGGCUACCAUUGGCAGUUUGGAAUCACCAUAGUGACCCCAGACAGGAAGUUCCUAUUUGCAUGCGAGACUGAAGAGGAUCAGAAAGACUGGAUUGCUGCAUUUCAGACUGUUAUCAACAGACCAAUGCUGCCUCAGGAGUAUGCAGUGGAGGCCUAUUUUAAGCACAAACCAUGACUGUCUUAGUGUUUGAAGAACAGUUAGUGCAGGAUGAGGAGCAAAGACCGAAGGAAGAGAAGGACCUGAGAUAUGUACUUGAUAUCUCAUAAUGGGAGCCUUUAUAAAAACUUAAGGGUGACAAAGACAAGGACUUAAAAUGUGAGACAGUUUCGCCCACAGUUACCAUUCCCACAAUGACUCCUUUACUCUACCUGGUCUCCUGCUCAAACUCACCUACAUUAUGUGCCAGACCCAUUUCAAAGGAGUCCUAAACUCAUGAAUGUUAGCCUAACUCACUCAUCUGUUAUGCGAGUUACAUACUUGAAAGAGGUCAGUCAUCCUGACCUGAAUGUGCAGGAGUUAUGUGCGUGACUUGUUUGUAGGAAUCGGAAUUGUUGCUGCUCAGGUGUCGAAAGAUGUGGUUCUCUCUCUUCUCAGAAAUAUGGUAUUAUAAAUAUAUAAACACUUAAAUUACUCAGAUGUUUAAAAGAACUGAAUUAACCUUGCAUUUCAGUGUGCAAACUGUGGCAGUUAUGUGCAGACUAAAACAAACAUAAUCUGACACAGGACUAUAAUGUGUCAGUAAGAAGGAAUAAUACAUACGUGGUCUGCAGAUACUCACACACAUACUCCAUUUAUUUCCAAUGGUAUUUAUAUUUUUAACUGUCUAAUUUGCUAUACACAGCUUAUAAUGUUAUGCUAAGCGCUGCAGGUAUAAUAUGAUUUUAGCUUUUGUACAUAUUCAAGUAGCUGAAUGUAAACUGCUUUGUGUGAUGUUUAUGAAUUGGCGUGCAUUCUUUUUCUCUCGUUUUUGUAAAACUGUAUAAAAAUUGAUUAAAUUUAGCAUUUACCGUCA